AGAGCUAAUGGAGUCUUCAUUCGCGUUAUUUCUCCUUUUCGAUAUUGGAUUAGGAUGUAUGUUGCUUGCUUCAUCGUGCGUGAUGUUCGUGGUUCGAUUGGGACGAUCGUCUGAAAUUGCUCGUUACGUGGCUCUCGUGCUACUACAAAGUUGUCGAUUAUUUUUCAGCAGUUGGGCAGGACAAGAAGUAAUCGAUCAUAGCGCCAGAAUUUCGAUGGCAGCUUAUAAUGGAAUUUGGUACAAUGCGCCUAUAGAGAUGCAAAAAUGUUUAAUAUUGUUAAUUGCCAAAAGCCAAAAGGGUUCUCAAAUAACAAUCGCCAAAUUAUAUGUCACCAAUUUGGAAGGUUUCAGUAUGAUAAUGAAAACAUCAGUAUCCUAUUGUACGCUAAUGAUUUCGCUACGCGAAACGUCUGUGUGA